AUGCUGACAUCGUCGUCUCAUAAUAACAAUAAUAAUAGUUACACCACUAAUAACAGAGCAGCCGAGAAGGACUCCAACCAAAUGCACCAACGUUCAGAGAAAAAGAAUAUGAGGGAAUCCAUUGGAAACCAUUCCGUCUUUGAUCCACACUUGUCCAUUUUAAAUUUGCUUCAAAAAACUAAUAAUCAAGAAGAGGAAAAAAUAAAAGAGCCGAAAAAAGGUUUUAAAGAGGGCCAUUUCCAAAAUAUGACGGAUAGUAUCCCAGAAGAGAAUGUUAAAUCUCUAAAUUUAGCAGAAUCCUGGCAGAGCAUAGCAUCUGACAUGUAUUUCUCUUUCCAAAAAACAUAUGAUAUUGACAUGCAAAAAACCUUUUUGGAAUUACAUAAUAAAUCCUUUAAUGUAUCCCGUCCCGCCAAUAACGUUCCUACUUCUCCAAUCCCUGGAAUCCUUUCUUCUUCUUCUUCAUCUGAUGAUGAACAAUCCUCAGAAGACGACGAUCACUUUAAAAGCAAUAAAGAUAUAGAGGCAAGGAAAAAAAGGGCGUAUUCCUCCAAAAAUGAUGAGUGUAGUUCUACUGUUUCCUCUUUAUCAUCUUCGUCCUUUAUUAUGCCAACAAUUAACAUUGACACUGGUGGCAAUGCCAGCGCUAAAAAAAAAAUUGUUAUUUCCAUCUGUGGUAAAAGUAGACAAAAAUUUUAUGAUAGCGUUCCUACAUCCUACAAAAAAAUUGUGCAAGUAGUAGAUAACCCAAAUAACGUUAGUGAUCCUAUUGUAGCUUUCACAUUUACUGAUUUCAAAAAAGAUAUGGUUCUUCUACAAGAACUUUGUUCUAAUUUUGAUACCAUUUUUUUAAUUCCCCUAGUUGAAACAAAGGAAAAGGCUAAAACAACAAUUAACCAUUUAGAAAAUUUAGUGAAAUCUAAAAAAGUGAAAAUUCUUCAUGUACCAGUUACCAUGAGCAACUCUCACGAGGUUUUCAAAUUACUUAAAUUCUUAAACAAGGUUAAAUACGAAUUAAUGAGUAAAAUCAAGGGCAAAAAACAAUUUUUUGAUUUGAAACAAGAUGCAUCUGAUGACAAAAAAAUGGAUGUCAGCCUUGACAAGAAAAAGUUAAAAAUUAAGGGUUCCCUUAAGAAAAAAGUUUCAAAAAAGGAAAAAAAAUAUAAAAAGAGUAAGUAUGUUAAAAAAAAAUGGAUAUUUUUAGUUCUCUCAUUGGCCCUUGGAAUUGGAUUUGGAUUUUACAUAUUUGACACUUCUUACACUUUUAAUAUGUUUAAGGUUUCGUCUUACCCUUGCGUUCUUUCCACUUUUGGUAUAAAGAACCCACCCUUUAUUAAUCAUGCUAAUUUACAAUCCGUGGAAAUGGAAGAAGUUCAAAGCUUACAAAAUGUGGAAAAAGUGAAUUCAACACCUUAUUCUGUUAUAGUGUUUCAAUACACUGAAACUGUUGUUGAAUAUUGCAUAGUGGCUAUUCGACAUUUGUUUAACUCCGGGAAACAUUUUUUUACAAUUACAAUACCGCAGAUAUUUAAUAAUAUCGGAAGUCCUUCGGAUCCUAUUGAUUUUUCAAAUGCAGUUACAAAAUAUGCUUUGCUUGAUAUGACGAUUUGA